AUGGUGGAUUACUAUGAAGUUCUAGAAGUGCAGAGAUAUGCUUCACCCGAGGACAUUAAAAAGGCUUAUCGUAAAGUGGCACUUAAAUGGCACCCUGAUAAAAAUCCAGAAAAUAAAGAAGAAGCUGAGAGAAAAUUCAAAGAAGUAGCUGAGGCAUAUGAAGUAUUAUCGAAUAAUGAAAAACGGGACAUUUAUGAUAAAUAUGGCCAAGAAGGAUUAAAUGGUAGAGGCAGAAGUCAUUUUGAUGAUUCUUUUGAGUAUGGCUUCAUAUUCCGUAAGCCAGAUGAUGUCUUUAGAGAAAUUUUUGGUGAAAGGGACCCAUUUUCAUUUCAUUUCUUUGAAGACUCACUUGAGGACCUUUUAAAUAGUCCAAGAAGCUCCUGUGGAAGCAGAGGUACAAGAUCCUUUUUUGCUACCUCCAAUAAAUAUCCAGUUUUUGAGAGAUUUUCUUCAUACGAUAUAGGAUAUACACCAUAUGGUUCACUGGGCCACGAGGGCCUUAAUUCAUUCUCCUCCCUGGCAUCUGAUGAUAGUGGGAUGAGCAACUACAUAUCUGUUACAGCUUCAGGUAAGAUUGUUAAUAGCAGAAAUACAAAUACACAGAGAAUUAUUGAGAAUGCUCAAGAAAGAGAAGAAGUUGACGAUGAUGGUGAGUUGAAGUCCUUCCUUAUAAAUGGUGUGGCAGAUGAAGACGGCUUUGUGGAAGAAUGCAGUUGGAGAAGAAAGUCAUUCAACAAUUAUUCACUGAAGUCCUACAGCCCCAAACAUGUAACUCAAUAUACUUUUGUGGAUAAUGAUGAGCAAGAUAUACCUUGGGUCUCUAGCAACUGCAAUCCCUGUAUUUUCUCAGUGGGAUUCAAAGAAGGUGGUAAGAGGAUAAAAAAGAAGCAUAAAGAGGUGAAGAAGAAGUCAACCAAAAGGAAUUGUUAA